CAAAUGAAAUAAUAUUUCCUCUCUUUUAAUUUUUAACCCUAAACAUUUCCCUCUCUCAUUUUUCCCCAAUUAGAGAGAGGGAGGUACUCUCCGUCCAUCAAUUAGAGAGAGAUGCUAUUCAAAGAACCACUCUUCAUUGGGAAAACACAAGUUGAUCAAAUCGACAAGAUGUUCAGAAUUCUUGGCACCCCAAAUGAGACAAUUUGGGAAGGGUUCUCCGAGCUUCCUGGCGUGAAAGUCAACUUUGUAAAGCACCCGUAAGUAUUAUCUUUUUUCAAGAAUCGCGUAAACAUGGGUGGUUCGGGGAAGUGGAUUAAAUCUUUAAUCAGUCUCAAAAAGAAUCAAUCAAGCGAUUCCGUAAGUUUUUUAUUUUGUGUUUAUAAUGUUAUAGCCUCUUGUAGAAAUGCAGGAUAAAGCCGAGCACGAUAGACCCUUCUGGUUCAGUAUUUUUGUUUUGUUAAUGUGAAUUGUUUUAUUUGGGGGGGGGGGGGGGGGGGGUUGGUGGGAGAAGGAGGGGGUAAAAAAAAAAAAAUGGAAGCUAUGGAGGAGUGCAUCAGGUGGAAUUGCUAUGACGAUGUCGAAAGGCGUAAAAAGGGGUGGGAAUUUGGGAGAUUCAGAUGGAUCUGAAUCUUCAUUUCUGUCUGACACUGCUUUGGCUGCUGCUAUGGCUACUGUGGUCAGAGCUCCGCAUAAGGAUUUGGUGGUUGUGAAGAAAGAAUGGGCUGCUCUUCGAAUUCAGACUGCGUUUCAGGGUUUUCUGGCAAGGCAUGCGUUAAGCGUAUUGAAAGCAGUAGUCAGGAUACAGGUGAGAAACCAAGCUGCUGUAACCCUUACGUGUAUGCAGGCUCUUGUCCGAGUGCAGGCUCUAGUUAGGGCCCGAUGCAAUCAAACAUCAGUUGAUGGAGAUGCGACGAAGGGUUCUUUCGUUGAUAGCCAAGCUGAUCCAAUUAAGCAAGCUGAGGAAGCACUAGGAAAGACUGGAAUCAUCAAUAUUUUACAACUUACAACGUGCUCAUUUCGAUUCUGGACUCCAAGAAAGGAAGAUUUAGUUACUUUCACGGCUGGAUGAAUAUCUAUAGCUGAUUUAAGCCCCCCAGACUGCUAAGGAAACACUUAAUCUGAGAGCAAGUCCUUAAACUUGAGACUAGGCGACUUGCACAGCUGGACAGCUGGAUAGUUUCAGGAAACCCUUCCUGCGUCAAGCCAGAUACAGCAUUUACUAACUUUAAUAAGCCCAGACUCACCAAUAAAUCAACUUUUUCCCCUGUGCAUUCAUCUACACCUUCUGAAAAGAAGAGUCACUAGUCAAGUAAAGAUACAAGCAGCUGAAUGCUCUAUUGAUUCAAUAGAUUAAUUGUUUUCCUGUAGGAGAAAGUAACACAUGAUAUGCACGAAAUAAUAUCGGGCAAGGGAGAGGGUGUCAACUUUUUCCACUUCUAACUUCAUAGGACAUGUACUGUAAUUGAAUCUUGUUUAUGGUAUUCUUGGAUAUGCGGAUUUCCAAAA